GCUCCCCUGCCCGCCUCGCGCUCUGUCGGGAAGGGGAGUGAGCAAAGGCGCUUACGUCGCGCGGGAGGCGGAGGCGACGGCGACCUCGGUGGCGGCGGCGGCUACGACGGAGACGGUUGCGCUCGCUCGCUCUCUCGGCGUCAUGGCGGCUGCCGGGGGCAGAUAAGCGGCGGGAGCGGGAGCGCGCGCGGCGGCGGCGGCGGCGACGACUCGUUACUUCUAGUUCUUGCUGCCCUCGCCGUUGGUGCUUCAAUAAUGAAUUGUUAGCUCCACUCCGCAGGGGAUCGCGCGUUGGUGCUGCGGACCAGGGCUUCCCCUUCCCCUUCCCCUUCCCCUCCGCGUCUGUCCCCUCUCCCCCUCCCCCGCACGGACUCUUCCUUACCCGGAGACGCCGGAGCUCUAGGACCUCGGCGGCGGAGAUCCCGGGCCUGGGCGCGGGGGAGGCCGUCGACUGGAGUCGGCUCCCUCCGCCCCGCCAAGCCUGCCGGUGAAUGAAAGGAGAGUCCCAGAAAACCUGUGACUGUUGAAGAAAAUUUAUCUGUGAAUUUUUAUAUUCAAGGAGUCAGUAUUUAUAUUCAUCUUUUAAACUGGGAAGAUUUAUAUUUUACUUUAAAACUUCUUAAUAAUAAUUUACAAUGAAUGGACACAGUGAUGAAGAAAGUGUUAGAAACAGUAGUGGAGAAUCAAGCCAGUCGGAUGAUGAUUCUGGGUCAGCUUCAGGCUCUGGAUCUGGUUCGAGUUCUGGAAGCAGUAGUGAUGGAAGCAGUAGCCAGUCAGGUAGCAGUGACUCUGACUCCGGAUCUGAAUCAGGCAGUCAGUCAGAGUCUGAGUCAGACACUUCCCGAGAAAACAAAGUUCAAGCAAAACCACCGAAAGUUGAUGGAGCUGAGUUUUGGAAAUCUAGUCCUAGUAUUCUGGCCGUUCAGAGAUCUGCAAUGCUCAGGAAGCAGCAGCAGCAGCAGCAGCAGCAACAACAUCAAGCCUCAUCUAAUAGCGGAUCAGAAGAGGAUUCUUCUAGCAGUGAAGAUUCUGAUGACUCAUCAAGUGAGGUCAAAAGGAAAAAGCAUAGAGAUGAAGAUUGGCAAAUGUCUGGGUCAGGAUCUCCAUCUCAGUCUGGUUCAGAUUCAGAAUCUGAAGAAGAGAGAGAUAAAAGCAGUUGUGAUGAAACAGAAUCUGAUUAUGAGCCAAAAAACAAAGUCAAAAGCAGAAAACCUCAAAAUAGAUCUAAGUCAAAAAAUGGAAAGAAGAUUCUUGGACAAAAAAAGAGACAGAUUGAUUCGUCUGAGGAGGAGGAUGAUGAAGAAGAUUAUGAUAAUGACAAAAGAAGUUCUCGUCGCCAAGCAACUGUUAAUGUUAGCUAUAAGGAGGAUGAAGAAAUGAAAACAGAUUCUGAUGACCUACUGGAAGUCUGUGGAGAGGACGUUCCUCAACCUGAGGAAGAGGAAUUUGAAACCAUAGAAAGAUUUAUGGAUUGUCGGAUUGGGAGAAAAGGAGCUACUGGUGCUACUACAACCAUCUAUGCAGUUGAAGCAGAUGGUGACCCAAAUGCAGGCUUUGAAAAAAACAAAGAACCAGGAGAGAUUCAGUAUUUAAUUAAAUGGAAAGGAUGGUCCCAUAUCCACAACACUUGGGAGACGGAAGAAACCCUCAAGCAGCAGAAUGUUAGAGGAAUGAAAAAAUUGGAUAAUUAUAAGAAAAAAGAUCAGGAAACAAAAAGAUGGUUGAAAAAUGCUUCUCCAGAAGAUGUGGAAUAUUAUAAUUGCCAGCAAGAACUUACAGAUGAUCUACAUAAACAGUAUCAAAUAGUGGAACGUAUAAUUGCUCAUUCCAAUCAGAAGUCAGCAGCUGGUUAUCCUGAUUAUUACUGCAAAUGGCAGGGCCUUCCAUACUCAGAGUGCAGCUGGGAAGAUGGAGCUCUCAUUUCCAAAAAGUUUCAAGCGUGCAUUGAUGAGUAUUUUAGCAGGAACCAAUCAAAAACCACUCCUUUUAAAGAUUGCAAAGUAUUAAAACAAAGGCCAAGAUUUGUAGCCCUGAAGAAGCAGCCAUCCUAUAUUGGAGGACAUGAGGGCUUAGAAUUAAGAGAUUAUCAACUGAAUGGUUUAAAUUGGCUUGCUCAUUCUUGGUGCAAAGGAAAUAGUUGCAUACUCGCAGAUGAAAUGGGCCUUGGAAAAACAAUACAGACGAUCUCAUUUCUGAAUUAUUUGUUCCAUGAACAUCAAUUAUAUGGACCUUUUCUAUUGGUAGUACCGCUCUCCACUCUUACUUCCUGGCAAAGGGAAAUUCAGACAUGGGCUUCUCAAAUGAAUGCCGUGGUUUAUUUAGGUGACAUUAACAGCAGAAACAUGAUAAGAACUCAUGAAUGGACACAUCAUCAGACCAAACGGUUAAAAUUUAAUAUACUGUUAACAACUUAUGAAAUUUUAUUAAAGGAUAAGGCAUUCCUUGGAGGUCUAAAUUGGGCAUUUAUAGGUGUUGAUGAAGCACACCGAUUAAAGAAUGAUGACUCCCUUCUGUAUAAAACUUUAAUAGAUUUUAAAUCCAAUCAUCGUCUCCUUAUCACUGGAACUCCUCUACAGAAUUCCCUCAAAGAGCUCUGGUCUUUGCUACAUUUCAUUAUGCCAGAAAAGUUUUCUUCCUGGGAAGAUUUUGAAGAAGAACAUGGCAAAGGGAGAGAAUAUGGUUAUGCAAGCCUUCACAAGGAGCUUGAGCCAUUUUUGUUACGCCGAGUUAAGAAAGAUGUGGAAAAAUCUCUUCCUGCCAAGGUUGAGCAGAUUUUAAGAAUGGAAAUGAGUGCUUUACAGAAACAAUAUUACAAAUGGAUUUUAACUAGGAAUUACAAAGCCCUCAGCAAAGGUUCCAAGGGCAGUACCUCAGGCUUUUUGAACAUUAUGAUGGAACUAAAGAAAUGUUGUAACCAUUGCUACCUCAUUAAACCACCAGAUAAUAAUGAAUUCUAUAAUAAACAGGAGGCCUUACAACACUUAAUUCGUAGUAGCGGAAAAUUGAUUCUUCUUGACAAGCUAUUAAUUCGCCUAAGAGAACGAGGCAAUCGAGUUCUUAUUUUUUCGCAAAUGGUGCGGAUGUUAGAUAUACUUGCAGAAUAUUUGAAAUAUCGUCAAUUCCCCUUUCAAAGAUUAGAUGGAUCAAUAAAAGGAGAACUGAGGAAACAAGCUCUGGAUCAUUUUAAUGCUGAGGGAUCAGAGGAUUUUUGCUUUUUGCUGUCUACAAGAGCUGGAGGUCUAGGGAUUAAUUUAGCCUCUGCUGACACUGUUGUUAUAUUUGAUUCUGAUUGGAAUCCACAGAAUGAUCUUCAGGCACAGGCUAGAGCUCAUCGAAUUGGGCAAAAGAAACAGGUGAAUAUUUAUCGUCUAGUUACAAAGGGAUCAGUUGAAGAAGAUAUUCUUGAAAGGGCCAAAAAGAAGAUGGUUUUAGAUCAUCUUGUAAUUCAAAGAAUGGACACAACUGGGAAGACAGUACUACAUACAGGUUCUGCCCCAUCAAGUUCUACUCCUUUCAAUAAAGAAGAGUUAUCAGCCAUUUUAAAGUUCGGUGCUGAGGAACUUUUUAAGGAACCUGAAGGAGAAGAACAAGAGCCCCAGGAAAUGGAUAUAGAUGAAAUCUUGAAGAGAGCGGAAACUCAUGAAAAUGAACCAGGUCCUUUAACUGUAGGAGACGAGUUGCUUUCCCAGUUCAAGGUUGCCAACUUCUCAAAUAUGGAUGAGGAUGACAUUGAGUUGGAACCUGAAAGAAAUUCAAAGAAUUGGGAGGAAAUUAUUCCAGAAGAUCAGAGAAGACGAUUAGAAGAAGAAGAAAGACAAAAGGAACUUGAAGAAAUUUAUAUGCUCCCAAGAAUGAGAAAUUGUGCAAAACAGAUUAGUUUCAAUGGAAGUGAAGGGAGGCGCAGUAGAAGUAGGAGAUACUCUGGAUCUGAUAGUGAUUCCAUCUCAGAAGGGAAAAGGCCAAAGAAACGGGGAAGACCACGGACUAUUCCUCGCGAGAAUAUUAAAGGAUUUAGUGAUGCAGAAAUUAGGCGGUUUAUCAAGAGCUAUAAGAAAUUUGGUGGUCCUCUGGAAAGAUUAGAUGCAAUUGCUCGAGAUGCUGAAUUAGUUGAUAAGUCGGAAACAGACCUUAGACGACUGGGAGAAUUGGUACAUAAUGGUUGCAUUAAAGCUUUAAAGGAUAGUUCUUCAGGAACAGAACGAACAGGUGGUAGACUCGGAAAAGUGAAGGGUCCAACAUUCCGAAUAUCAGGAGUACAGGUGAAUGCCAAGCUAGUCAUCUCCCAUGAAGAAGAAUUAAUACCUUUGCACAAAUCCAUUCCUUCUGAUCCAGAAGAAAGAAAGCAGUAUACUAUCCCAUGCCACACAAAGGCAGCUCAUUUUGAUAUAGACUGGGGCAAAGAAGAUGAUUCCAAUUUGUUAAUUGGCAUCUAUGAAUAUGGAUAUGGAAGCUGGGAAAUGAUUAAAAUGGAUCCUGACCUCAGUCUAACACACAAGAUUCUUCCAGAUGAUCCUGAUAAAAAACCACAAGCAAAACAGUUGCAGACCCGUGCAGACUACCUCAUCAAAUUACUUAGUAGAGAUCUUGCAAAAAAAGAAGCUCUUUCUGGUGCGGGAAGUUCAAAGAGGAGAAAAGCAAGAGCUAAGAAGAAUAAAGCAAUGAAGUCUAUAAAAGUGAAAGAGGAAAUAAAGAGUGAUUCUUCUCCUUUGCCUUCAGAGAAGUCUGAUGAAGAUGAUGAUAAAGAUGAGAUCAGUUCUGUGAAACAUCCAAAUAAAAAAAUUAAAACAGAAAGAGACAGUGAAGAAAAACCUGAGCCAGAUGUUUAUAUAAAGAAGGAACCAGAAGAAAAGAGGGAAGCAAAAGAAAAGGAGAAUAAAAAAGAACUUAAAAGGGAGAUAAAAGAAAAAGAGGAUAAGAAAGAUAUAAAGGAAAAAGAUUUUAAAGAAAAAAGAGAAAACAAAGUAAAAGAAGCUAUACAGAAAGAAAAAGACAUAAAGGAAGAAAAGUUGAGCGAAUCCAAGUCUGAUGGUAGGGAAAGAUCCAAGAAAUCUUCAGUGUCAGAUGCUCCAGUUCAUAUCACGGCAAGUGGUGAACCAGUUCCCAUUUCUGAAGAAUCUGAAGAGCUGGAUCAGAAGACAUUCAGCAUUUGUAAAGAAAGAAUGAGGCCUGUUAAAGCAGCUUUGAAACAACUUGAUAGGCCUGAGAAAGGCCUUUCAGAAAGAGAACAACUAGAACAUACUAGACAAUGUUUAAUAAAAAUUGGAGACCAUAUCACAGAAUGUCUAAAAGAGUAUACAAAUCCUGAACAAAUUAAGCAAUGGAGAAAAAACCUAUGGAUUUUUGUAUCUAAGUUCACUGAAUUUGAUGCAAGAAAAUUACAUAAAUUAUAUAAGCAUGCUAUUAAGAAACGGCAGGAAUCUCAGCAAAACAAUGAUCAAAACAGCAACUUGAAUCCUCAUGUGAUUAGAAAUCCAGAUGUGGAAAGAUUAAAAGAGAAUACAAAUCACGAUGAUAGCAGCAGGGACAGUUAUUCCUCUGAUAGACACUUAACUCAGUACCAUGAUCAUCAUAAAGACCGACAUCAGGGAGAUUCUUACAAAAAAAGUGAAUCCAGGAAAAGACCCUAUUCUUCUUUCAGUAAUGGUAAAGACCAUCGUGAUUGGGAUCACUACAAGCAAGACAGCAGAUAUUACGGUGACAGAGAGAAACACAGAAAACUGGAUGAUCACAGGAGUAGAGAUCACAGGUCAAAUUUGGAAGGAAAUUUAAAAGAUAGAUCUCAUUCUGAUCAUCGUUCUCAUUCAGAUCAUCGGUUACAUUCAGACCACCGACCAAGUUCUGAAUAUACGCACCAUAAAUCUUCCAGGGAUUAUAGGUAUCACUCAGAUUGGCAAAUGGACCACAGAGCUUCCAGCAGUGGCCCUAGGUCACCACUAGAUCAGAGAUCUCCUUAUGGCUCCAGAUCUCCAUUUGAACAUUCAAUUGAACACAAAAGUACACCGGAGCAUACCUGGAGUAGUCGGAAAACAUAACAAAAACUGCUAUUUCAUCUUUCUGGACUUUUAGCCAUAUAUCAUAAACCAACACAGUAAUUGCCUUACAUGACUUGAAAGAUAUAAACAGAUCUUCUAUCAGUAGCAGUAUUGUUACUUCUUUCCAGGAUGCAAGGUCUAUUAUCCCAACAGAAGAGAAAAUAUUUUUAUAUUUAAGGAUUAUGCUGCACUGUACUACAAAUGUAGUACUUUUUUUUUGUUUGUUUCUUUUUUAAAGAAAUGGAAAAUGUUUACUAUUACAGGGACCUCAACACUGCCCUCCCAUACAGGCUGGAUAAAACUGUUUUUAAGUCAGUGAUUUUAGACUGACCUCCAUUUAAGUUAUGUUUAUAUAUGAACUUUACUCUGACCUGUGAUCAUGUUUCAGGAAGGAAUGAAAGAGAGUUCUUUCUUAAUAAAGAAAAACACUCAAGGACUUUGUUCAUUUCCAAAGCUACUUGUUUACAUUGUACACUGCGACCACCUUGCCGCUUUUCAUCACAAGCUUGAAUAUUUAAAUUCUGUACUUAUAUCUGUAAAAUAGCCAGGAAUUUCCUGUUUGUGAUCUAUUAUUAUGCCUUUUUACAAAAAAGAAAUGGCUGUAAAUUACUGUAAAUAUUAAAGGAACUUUCCUUACUUCCUUCCCUUUCUCAGGCUUUUUUUGACUGUUCCUUUCCCUACCAACUCAGGCCUUCUUAUUAAAAAAAAAAAAAAAUCAGUGUAAUAACACUUUUUAAUGAUUUGUCUUGAUGGAAUCAUUGUUUAGAAUGUAAAAAUGGGGAAAGGGCCACUUUAAUUCCAUUAGUCCUCUUUUUAUACUGAAUAUUUUAUUAGAUACAUGUUAUUUCUUCCCCUUUUUUUCCUUUUUUAGUCAAUAUUGUGUUUAGUUUUAAAAUGGCGAGAUGAUAUGUAAAAUCUUAAACUGCAUGCUCUGGAAACAUUUUUUUCAGAUGCAUCUGGUUUAAAAGGGUAGGUGUAUAAACACUUUUCAGAAUCCAAAUCGGCCAAAAGUUACUGUAAAUCUGUUUGUUUUCCCGUUUCAUGUGGGCAAUAAUGUCAAAUGUGCUAUGCAGCCAGGUUAACAUUUUAGAUAAACUUGAUUGACUUUUAAUAUAAACUGUUACAAUGCACACUGAUUGUAUAUAAAAACCUUAUAUAUGACAAAUUAAAUUUAAGAAAAAGG